CGCCUGAGACUUCAAGACAACACUGCAAGCACCCGAAACCGAACAAAGUGCGGUCAAGUUCACUCCGGCAAAACGGCUGUUUUCCCUACCGAAUUUUGUAAUUCACCCAACUGACGUGGCAACGACCGUUUGCUCGUCUUUUGGUUGAUCAAGAGGCUGGUAUCAGCCUUCAUCAGAUCACAACUCUUUCUAUCUCUAAAUACUAAAGAUAACACGGGCUCGAGUGAAGUUUUCAAACUUCAUUGACGUCGCAGAAAGUUGGUCGAGACACUGAAAUGGCCAAGGAAACUUUCUUCAUGUCAUGGGAGCUAUGGCAGCAGAUGACCUUUGCGCUUGCCGUAGCGAUAGUAGCCGUCUUCUGCGCCGGUUUGGUCAAGCUGUGGUGGACGAACCGCAUCGUACGAAAACAGGAGAUCUUGGACGAGGAAAAGAAGGCGCGGAUCAAUGACAUGCGCAGCAUGGGGCUCCGACCUACCUCUUCCAAGCGCGCAGCAGCCAGCACCAUCCCUUUCGGGGUCCGGGCGAUCCAGAGCGGCGUCCAAGUUGACGGCAUUUGGAUUUCGAGACCGGCGACUCCCACCGAAACAAAACCUACCUCGGCGGUGACGCUGGUGUAUCUGGGCGCGGAGCAGCAGAGGAGGGAGAAGAUAAAGGGGGCGGCAGGUGUCACGACAACAGCAAAAAGCCUUGUCACCCCCGACGGCUCACUCUUGCAAGGACUGACGGAUUCCGAGUCGUUGGAGAGUGCCUCAUCAGGGGCAAUCCCCCCACCCAUCCCACGAGACCAGAGGCAUGAUUACCCUCAUCGCCACGGGUUGCGGGUUCCCCAUGCUUUGAACGAAGAUACCCUCCGAAGACUCGAAGGCCAAGACGGAGGAGCACAGUCGCCACAAAGACCAGCAGUCCAUGACAUCUAUGUGCCGACCAGAAAGUCUCAACGACAACAAGAGGCCCGGGAUGGGCAAAUUGGUGGUCCUACCAGGGGAGACCAGCGAAUCACUGAUUCCAAAUCAGGCGACUCCUACUCGGAUUCCGUCCAUCAACGGUUACCGAGAAGCGGCAGUGGAAGAUCCUAUAACUCAUUUAGCGGUGGCGAAGGAGGGGAAAGACUGUAUGAGCCAAGAGGAGCUGAAAGAAGAGAUGUCGCCGUCGGUGAUCGCUUCGGCACUCCCUCCUUGCAGGUGAUAUAUUAGCAGCACAGCAGGAGGAUACAAAGCCCAUGAUAAUCACUGCCCCUGAGCCGACCU